CUUGUGGACUGCAGCAAAGCGGCAGGAGGAGGAGAGCCAGCUGGAGACAGUGUGUGGGCUGGAGAGCACUGCAAGAACACAGCUGUAGGCUGGGCUCACAGGACAGGCUGAGGAUGGAACCGGAUUUGUACUCGGUUGUGGACCCCAAGAUGGAGAAGCUGUUCAAAAUUUUCUUGGAUGAAGAUGUCUGGGUCAUGGUCCAGAGCGAGGCGCACACUGAUGACGAAAAGUUGACUCCUGACUUGCGGCCGACCAAACAGCCGUUCCACUACCAGAUCCGCGACACCAGCCACAAGGCCUUCUACCUGCGGGACAACAGCCUGGUGGCCGCGAACCUGCAGGGCGAAAAUGCCAGCCAGGAAGAGAUGGUCAGCGUGGUCCCUAACAGAACGCUGGAGCGCAAGAGGUGUCCCCUGAUCCUGGGCAUCAAAGGCGGAAGCCAGGGCCUGUCUUGUGGAACAGCCGAGCAGCCCCAGCUGCAGCUGGAGGACAUGCACCUCAUCGAUCUAUUCUACCAGGAUGAGGAGGCCAAGCGCUUCACCUUCUUCAAGACCUAUAACGGCAGCACACACCGCUUUGAGGCAGCUGCCUACCCGGGUUGGUUCCUCUGCACCUCAACCCAGGCCAAUGAGCCCAUCAGUCUCACCACCCACCUGGGAGAAACCGCCAUCACCGACUUCUAUUUCCAGCCCAAAUAGCCAUGAGGCAGGAGCCAGAUGCUGCUUCAGCCCUGCCCUCCCAAUGGCUAGCCAUGUUGGAGGGGUUAGAGCUACCCACUGUGAUGGGUUGGAUCACAGAAACUUCCUUGGGAACUGCCAACUGAUGUGCCAAGAC